UUUUCCUUAAUAAGACCACAAAUUGAACACAUAAGGAAUUAAACAAAAAUGCAAAUAUUGAAAACAAUACAUAGGAUAACUAAAACUAAUUCCUUAUGUUCAAUUACGUCUAUUGCACGCUGUACACCAUCAAGAUUUUAUGCGGUCCAACAGCCUAAUGCUAAAGAAGUCAUCGAGAGAUAUACCGAGCAGGAUGGUGAAAAGAUAUUGAAAAUUAUUAAUAAUUCCAAUGUAAACGAGCUGUUGCGUUAUGACAUAACCAAAGGCCGGGCAAACAAACUAUUAACUUGGCGUAUGCGUAACGGACUGCUUGCAAAUUUAAAUGACAUUUUUAUGGUAGAUGGAUUUGGCGUAAAGGCCACCGAAAAAUUUUAUCAAAGUCUUUUGCAAGAGCCCAAAUCGGAAGAUAAUAAUGCAGGCAAGCCAAAUCGUCUGAGAACAGCACCAUUUAUUACCCCUCAUAUAGAGCCUGAGCAACAAAUGAACAUAGGCUCCUGUGUUUCUUUGAGAAUAGGGGUGAAUAGCAUAACUUGGUCAAGACUUGAAUUACCCGCUGCAGAUUAUAAUGGCCCUUGCGAAUUGACUCAUUGGCAACAUCAUGAGCUAGCUGAAAAGAAAUUACACAUUAAUGAGCUCAUUCAUAGGUGUUUGUAUGUCAAUCAUCAAAUACCUGAGGCUGAUUGUUAUCUUUUCGAAAAUCCCCAAAUGGCCCAAGUAAGCAAUAAUCCGGGCAGUGUGGAUCAACAGAAUGUCAAUAUACAAAAGGCUCAAGUUACUGCCAUAAUGGGUUAUGCCUUGGCAUCGAGGCAAUCGCGAUUGGAGCAAAUGCUGGAAAAGAAAACACCGCAAAAUGAUGAUAAAUUACAACCACGUUCUUUAAUUUUCUAUGUUAGAAGAUUUUUAACCGCCCGUCUCUUCAAUCAUUUGGUGGGCACAGAAAGAGUAUCAUCUGAGGAGACAAUACUCAAUAUGAUGCGUACCUAUUACAAUAUGGAUGCAACUGAGGACUAUGUAGCUCAGAAAGAUGAUGAAAACACACAAAAGAAUGGUCAACAAGCGAAUGAUGGCAAUGUCGCACUAAAAGUUAAUGUCCAAUUUCCUGUGGAACAAAGAGACAUGUUUUCCAAAGCUCCUCGAUAUCAUCGGGAAUAUUUAGGACAAGCUUUAUUGUUGAAUUUGACUUUUAUUCGUUUGGUUUUGCUGCAAGAUGCAGAAAGCAUCGCAAAAGUUUCGCGUGGCAACAAGGCGAAAAAUGAAAUCGAAGAAUUGUAACGAUGAAGAGCAUUCUACUAUGCCAGAAAUGUUGUGAAAUUGUUGAAUAAAAAUUAAGUCUUAUAGGUUUAAGCAAUGAAUUAAAGUCACAGGUAAUGAAA